AUGACUGUAGCGACAUUAGGUGUUGCGGGGAUAGACUUGAUCCCGCAAGGCACAGCCUAUGGCCUGCUUAUAGGGCUGGGUGUGCUUUUUUGCGGGGUGAUUCUGGUCGCGAUCAAAGUCCAGAAGGCCUAUCUUUCCGAAGACUCGGCCACUUCGGAGAUGUUCAUGGUAGCGAAUAGAUCAGUAGGGACAGGAUUAACAGCGUCAGCGGUGUUUUCCUCAUGGAUGUGGAUCAACGAAACGGUGUUGUCCGCGGCCAUGUGCUAUCGCUACGGUCUGGCAGUUCCUCUGUGGUGGGGAUCUGGGCUUUGUUUCCAGAUUGCAUUGAUGGCCGCAUUGGGUGUCAUGGCGAAGAUCCGAGUGCCCUACGCCCAUACAUCGCUUGAAAUUAUCAAGAUGCGAUAUGGCUGGAUCGGGCACCUCGUCUUUAUCGUGCUGAAUCUCACCAACAAUGUUUUCGGAUGUGCAUCCAUGAUUCUGACAGGCUCGCAACUGAUUUAUGGAGUGUCCGGCAUGCAUUUCGUCGCAGCUACUAUUCUUAUCCCGCUUGGAGUGGUUCUGUACACCGCAGUCGGAGGUCUCAAGGCGACAUUUCUUACGGAUUUCCUUCACACGACUGUUGCUUUGAUCCUCAUCAUCUAUUUUACCUUGUCGGUUCUGACCCAUCCCGCAGUGGGUGGACUUGGGGGUCUCUAUGACAAGGUGGUGGCCACAGCGAGCGAGAACUAUAUCUCCGGGAACUUUGAAGGAUCACUCCUUACGAUGAAGUCAAAAGAUGCCAUUAUCUGGGGACUGGUGUUGAAAUUCGGCAACCUGGCUCUUGUUGUCAUGGAUACAGCAUUCUGGCAAAAGUCCUUUGCCAGCGAGGUUAAUUCAACUGUGCCAGCCUACAACCUAGCGGCGGUAGCUGUGUUCGGCAUCCCAUGGGGUCUGGGAACAGUUAUUGGACUGUCCGCACGCGCUUUGCAUAACACGCCUAUUUUCCCUACCUACCCAGGCCCGCUUACCAGUGCCGAGGUAAAUGCCGGUAUGGUCAUGCCAUAUCUAGUCAAGGCUCUGAUAGGCGACUCAGGCAUUGUCGCCUUCUUCAUCCUGCUAUUCAUGGCUUUGACAAGUACAGUUUCUUCCUCGAUGAUUGCGGUCAGCAGUAUCCUCUCAUUUGAUCUCUACAAAACAUACUUCAAUCCAAAGGCGUCAGACAAAAGGCUGCUUCAUGUAAGUCACAUUUCGGUCGUUUUCCACGCCGUCUUCAUCACCGGCAUCUCGAUUGCUCUGAACUACGGCGGUGCAAAUAUGACCUGGAUUGGCUAUUUCCGGCCUAUCCUCUCCUGCCCGGGAAUUAUUCCUCUGGCUCUCACACUCUUCUGGUCUGGCCAAACCCGCUUAGCAGCAAUUGUUUCGCCCGUUCUGGGCUUCUUUACCGGUCUUGCUAUCUGGCUUGCCAGCGCAAAGUCAUUGUACGGUGCUGUCAACAUGACCACCACUGGCGAGGGCUUACCGGCCUUGUACGGUGCCAUUGGAUCCUUUUUUUCCCCAGCCCUCUACUCCGUUAUCAUUUCCCUCUACAAGCCCUACAAGUUCGACUGGCGCGAGUUCCUCCGCAUCGAGCUCGCAGACGAGGCACAACUCCAUGCCUCCGACCCAUCCAUCACAACAACCUCUCAAGAAAACCAGUCGAGCGAAAAAGCCAUCGAACAAUCAACCAGCCCUACCCCCGAAUCUCUCCCAUCCGAAACAGCUUCCACCAACGACCCAGAGCGAAUCGGCGCAGAUGAAAAGGCUAUGACCGUUUCAGCAACACCAGCUAUAACCUCACCAACACAGCUAAGUCUAGACGAUAUCCGUCACCCUUUCAGUGACGAGACGCUGAAAGAGCUAUAUCGCUGGUCGCGGAUCGCGUGGGCCAUCUUCGUGGUCCUUGUUCUUAUCACGUUUAUCCUCUGGCCUAUGCCGCUUUACCGGAACUAUAUCUUCACAAAGUCUUUCUUCUCCGGGUGGGUUACUGUUGCUAUUAUUUGGCAGUUCUUUGCUUUCUUGGCGGUUGUUGUGUAUCCGCUUUAUGAUGGGCGGUUUGAGAUCGAGAAGGGUGUGAAGGGGAUUUGGAAAACGGCGAAUGAUUAUCUUGCGAAGAGAAGAUCUUGA